GUUUGGGUAGAGAGUCAGAAAGCCGAGGGGGACCGAGGGGGGCGGCGCUGUGGUGCGGCGGGGGCUCUGGCUGCCGGCCGCCCCACCCGAAGCGCCGCGGAGCGGAGCAGGGCCCGCCGCCCUCCUCCUCCAUGAGGCGUGAGUGAGGUGCAGCGGCGAGACCGGCCCUCGGCGCCUCCCCCCGCGUCCUACCCGGCAGCGGCCCCCGGAGGAGGAGGAGGAGGAGCAUGUCGGACGGUUUCGAUCGGGCUCCAGGUGCUGGUCGGGGCCGGAGCCGGGGCCUGGGCCGCGGAGGGGGCGGGCCUGAGGGCGGCGGUUUCCCGAACGGAGCGGGGCCUGCGGAGCGGUCGCGGCACCAGCCGCCGCCGCAGCCCAAAGCCCCGGGCUUCCUGCAGCCGCCGCCGCUGCGCCAGCCCAGGACGGCCCCGCCGCCAGGGGCCCAGAGCGAGGUCCCCGCCGGUCCCGAGCGGCCUCCCCGGUCCGGGGCGCUCCCAGAACAACCUCGGCUCCUGAGAGCUCCAUCUAAUUCACAGGACAAAAUCCCACCGCAAAACUCGGAGUCAGCAAUGGCUAAGCCCCAGGUGGUUGUGGCUCCUGUGCUAAUGUCUAAGCUGUCUGCGAACGCCCCCGAAUUUUACCCAUCAGGUUAUUCUUCUCAUUAUACAGAAUCCUAUGAGGAUGGUUGUGACGAUUAUCCCACUCUAUCAGAAUAUGUUCAGGAUUUUUUGAAUCAUCUUACAGAGCAGCCUGGCAGUUUUGAAACUGAAAUUGAGCAGUUUGCAGAGACCUUGAAUGGCUGGGUUACAACAGAUGAUGCUUUGCAAGAACUUGUAGAGCUCAUUUACCAACAGGCCACAUCUAUCCCAAAUUUCUCUUAUAUGGGAGCUCGCCUGUGUAAUUACCUGUCUCAUCAUCUGACAAUUAGCCCACAGAGUGGCAACUUCCGCCAGUUGCUACUUCAAAGAUGUCGGACUGAAUAUGAAGUUAAAGAUCAAGCUGCAAAAGGCGAUGAACUGACCCGAAAACGAUUUCAUGCAUUUGUACUCUUUCUGGGAGAACUUUAUCUAAACUUGGAGAUAAAAGGAACAAAUGGACAGGUUACAAGAGCAGAUAUCCUUCAGGUUGGUCUGCGGGAAUUGCUGAAUGCUCUCUUCUAUAAUCCUAUGGAUGACAACUUAAUUUGUGCAGUAAAGUUACUGAAGUUGACAGGGUCAGUUUUGGAAGAUGCUUGGAAGGAAAAAGGAAAGAAUGAUAUGGAGGAAAUUAUUCAGAGAAUUGAAAAUGUUGUUCUUGAUGCAAACUGCAGCAGAGAUGUAAAACAGAUGCUCUUGAAGCUUGUAGAGCUCCGGUCAAGUAACUGGGGUAGAGUUCAUGCAACUUCAACAUACAGAGAAGCAACACCUGAAAAUGAUCCUAACUACUUUAUGAACGAACCAACAUUUUAUACAUCUGAUGGUGUUCCUUUCACUGCAGCAGAUCCAG